AAGAAUGCCUUGAUUACGUUCCUUAUCAAGUAGAAACCAGUGAUGGAGUUAAAAUGAAUGAUGUGCUGCGGUUCUUCCAUGGAGAUGGCCCAGAACAGCAGUUUGAGAGUGGAGAGCAGAGGGUAGGAAAAGCUGGUUGUAGUGGAUGUAGGGGAGAUUCACGAAGAUAUCGUGACCUUACAUACAGUUUUCGACGCCCCCAAUUGUCUCUAGCAGAUCGGCAAAACAUAGUGCUAGCAGGGCCUGCAGGAAAAGCAAAGAGAAAUGGUGGAAUCAGACCAUUGAAAGAUAUGUCGGUUGCUGAACUGCAGAGGGAAUGUAGAGCACGGGGAUUGUGUGAUGAAGGCUACAAGAAGGAUCUGCAGAUCAUCCUAAAAGAGCAUCUUGGUGGUAUACAGAGAGUACCAGCAAUGUUUACCAUGAAUCAAGGAAGAAGCUUAAAGGAUCUUCAUUUAGCGAUGUAUGAGGUCCUUCCCACUGAACCAUUACACGAUGUGAAGGAAAACAUCUCAAAAAAUUUAACACUGAAAUUUCUGCCCACCUUUCAGAUGAUGUGAAAAAGUUGUGUGGGGAGACACUGAACUUGGUUUCUGUAACAAAAGACCAACUGCGUGGUUCAGAUUAUCAUGAGAUCUGUAUUUUGCUUGCAAAACAGUUGAGAGGUUUUGUCGAUGAGAAGGUACAGCUCUUGUUGGACACCAUGACAGAAAUCAUGCAAAUUCUGUAUGCUAAGGUACAAGAGAGAUGCCAAAAAAUGUAUUAAGGCUUCACAAUCAAACCUUUCUUCAUGCUAUUGCAUGUGAGGAGGUUAUUGGAAAGCCUAAAAUACUUACGGAGAAAAAAAUCUAUGGCCGUUACCUGCACUCAUUCGUGUGCCAUGUACCCAUCCAACAUCGCAUCAUCUGCUACAGGUCAACCAACACUGAACAACAAGAGCGCCAUUUCAACACUUUUGCCAGCAUAUCCCUGGCAAAAUCAAGCAGACGACCUGGAGAGAUCAUCACCCCUGGCCUGAUCAGGAUGCAAGGAGAAAUGAAACUAGGUGAAAUCAACCGACAAAGUGCCAUUCAAGAGCAGGAGUCACGACUGGGGAAACUAUCCAAGUGCUUGCCAAAACCUGAAAAUAGUAUCAUCCCCCACAGAAUCAUCCUUAAAUACCAGAGCGCCUAUCAAGCACACCUGGAGCGCAUUUCUGACUUCCUUUUGUGUAGAGAAGGAGUUUGGUGAAGGCAUGUUGCUAAAGGUGUUAAAUUCUUUGAUGUCACCUCCCCCUGUGAAACUCGAACAGAAGUGCACACCCUUCCACCUUUACACCAAUUUCGCUCCCACACACUGAAGUCAGAGAGUAAAUGCCUUCAAGAAAACUGGAAGAGGUGUGUGUCAUCAGCUCAUAUUCAAAUACCUCACCAUGCUAUCAGAGUAUUUGAUGAAAGGGGUGAGCUUCACCACAUCAU